CGCCGGUCAAACACCGCGAUCGCGGCCGGCGGGUCCCUGCCCGGGCCUGGGGGCCCCGCUGCUCUCCUGUAGGCCCCGCUGCUCUCCUGUAGGCCCUGGCGCCGCAGCACCGACCGCAGGACACCGGCCUGGGCGGUCCCCAGCCUGCGGGCCCCACAGCGGGGCAGGUGUUUGGGGAACACCCGGUCACGGCCGGUCUCGGUGGGAGGAGCGUCCCCAGGCCCGCCCCCCUGUGCUCGGUGUCCUCAGGCUGACGGGGCCGGAGCCCAGCGGUGCCCCGGGACCCCCUCCUGGGCUGCGGGAUUUGUUUCCGUGGCUCAGGACCCCACGUCCCCCCCGGCAGGGGGGUUUUAUCUCUUGGGGCUCAGGACCCUCACGCCCCCCGGCUUUAGGGAUUUAUUUUUUGCAGUUUGUCCCCCCUCCCUGCCUGUCCCUCGGCUCCCGGGUGGGGCUGAUCAAUCUCCUUUCUCAAUUAAAUCGUAGUUCCAGGCGAGCAUGGGAACUCUCGUUUCCAAAGGGGCCGGAUUUGGCCGGGUUUCAUCCCUGUCUAUUUUCGGGCUGUGCCCGCCGGUGUUGACCCGAGCAGGGCACCUGGGGCCAGGCUGCCCCGGGCAGGGUGUCCCGGCCCGGCCGGGAGUGCCCCCGCGCCCCUCGGCUGCGCCUCAGCCAAAGUUCUGCCCCGUUUGUGCUGACUCGGCCCCGGCGUGCGGAAACGGCCUCUCGCCCCACCUUCCCGUGCUGUCCCGGCUCAUCCUGCCGCUCCCGGCUGCCCGGCGGGGCUGUGCCGAGCUCUGGCACCCCCGUGUCCCCCCUGUCCCGCUCCAGCAUGUGGCUGCCGCUCGUCGUGCUGCUGCUGCUGCCCGCGGUCCUGCCCGCCCAGUGCUGCGGUGAGUGCGGCCCCGGCCCCCCAAACCUGCCCGGGACCCCCCCCGGGCCGGGAGCUCGCUCUGAGCUCGGGGGGGUUCCCUGAGGAGCGGGGUUUGGGGUGAUGAGCCCAAUCUCCAGCCCCUGGCGAGGACGGCGACUCGUGACAGCCCUCGCUGAUGAAUUCUCCAGGGCUCAGCUGCCCCCAGCCCAACCCCUGCACCCCCUGCCCGGAGCCAGCCCGUGCCCACCCCCCACAAGGGUCCCUGGGGAGAAGGGUGUCACCCAGAGCCCCCUGCCACCCCCUCGGGCUCUCUGUGCUCCCGCUCCAUGUCAUGUCUCUUUGUUUCUUCCUCUUUUUUGGUGGGAAAUCGGGAGGCUAUGGGAUUUGGGGGGGACGCGGAGGGUGUGGGGUGCACGGAGGGGUGAGUGCUGGGGAUCCAUCCCCACUGCGGCCCCACACAGCUUUGGGGGGGCUGUGGAGCCGCAGGGCCGUGCUUGGGGGGGGGGUCUCGGCCCUCUCGUGCCCCCUCACCUGCACUGCCUCUCCCGGGCCGGGGCAGAGCCCCCGGGGGGCUCGGUGGGCGCCGUGCGGGUGCUGAGUGCGCGGCUGCUGGGGCUGGCGGGGGACCCCGCGCGGGACCCCGACCCCGCCGUGUACCUGGCCCUGCGCCUGGCCCGUGACCACGACCCGCGGCUGGAGCAGCGCUACCUGGAGAGGCUGCAGGACGCCUUCCAGCAGCCCUACGGCAGGAGCCUGCAGGCCCACGGCCACUCCCGGUGGGACGCUGAGCACAGCACGAGCGCGGCGGCGUGGCCGCACACGGGGCGGCUGGCGCUGUACCUGCUGGGGCUGCGGGCCACCUGUCCCCCACUCAGUCCCCAGCGCUCGCUGGUGACGUGGCUCAAGUACUACCUGGAGGAGGACUGGACAGGCUCCCGGCGGCACGGCCACCCCCUCACCAGUUACUACCAGUACGGGCUGGGUGUGCUGGCACUGUGUGUGCACCACAAGCGGGUGCGGGAGGAGGUGAUCCGGCGGCUCCUCACGGCCCAGCACCACGGAAGGCUUGGGCACAGUGGCAAUGCUGUGGACACGGAGGCCGUGGUGGCACUGGCCUUCACCUGCCUGGAGCAGAGGAGGUUGGUGGGGACCGGGCUGGCGGCCGAGCUCCGGGCAGCCGCGCACAGGGCCAGCAGGAGCAUGGCCGAGGCCCAGGGCCCCGACGGCAUCAUCGGCAACAUCUACAGCACCCCGUGGGCACUGCAGGUGUUCCUGGCCACGGGUGCAUGCCAGACGGAGCCGGCGUUCGACCGGGCCACGGCCGCGCUGCUGGAGAACCUGGAAGCCUUCGGCACCGCCGCCACCAUGGCCCAGGUGCUGCCGGUGCUGCACGGCCGCUCCUACCUGGACAUCGCCUCCAUGCAUUGCCAGGAGGAGUCGGACACGCUGACACCCAUGGACAUCGAGCCCCCGACUGAGGUGCCGGGGAGCAAAACGGUGCAGCUGGUGGUGGAGUGUCCCCUGCCCUGGUGUUACGAGCUCCGGCUCUACGACCGCCCGGUGCCCGUGCCCGCCGCCGCCUCCCUCCUGGACGUGCUCUGGGCGGCUGCUGCGCUGGAACCCCACGACUUCAAGUUCCACACCCAGGACACCCCACAGGGCCCCUUCCUGACCCAGGUGCUGGGGCUGGAGGCCCGGCAGGAGAAGCGGAACUACUGGCAGCUCCUGACCGCACCCAACACCCCCCUGCAGAUGGGUAUCGCCGACUACAGACCCCAAGAUGGGGAGACCCUGAUCCUGCGCCUCAGCGAGUGGUAGAGGGUGGGGGGUGAUGGCAAUGAAACCCCCACUGAGGGCACAGAA